AUGCUACCACCAAUUGAUCCCGCGGUGCUGCAGCGCAAUCCCAACUUUGAGAUCUUAUACAAGGACCUUUGCACGAGGAAGCUUAAUCCUAAUGGCUCGUCAAGAGACACGAAAAAGCAGCGUGUGCAUGAUGAGAUACGAAGGACCCUAGCCACCGCUCUCACAACCCUGCACACAACGCAAAUACUCACAACAUCCCUCUCAACCCUGCCAUCCAAAGCCACCGACCUCCCACCAGACUUGCACGCAGUUACAGAAACAGUAACCGCCCAACUCAACGGCCAAGUUCCAGCAUCGGAUCUCGACAUUCUGUCUGAAGACAUCGAGUUUUUCCACUCAAACAUCGCUCCUGUCGCCUCGGCAAUCUCAACCCAACUCACCACCAUAGCCGACUACCUCUGCCGCAUCGCCUCUCCCGUCUCCCCACCACCAAUCUCAUCUCUCCAUAGCACAUCUCUCACCCUCCAAACCUCCGCUUUUGACACCCUUCCCUCCGAACUACAAACCGCACAAACCCAUCUAACAACAACCCUAACAACCCUACUCUCAACCCACUCCACCCUCCUCUCAACCAGCAUAAAAAUCCUCGAACAAACCCAACAAGGCGCCCUAGCCCGACACACCAAAUCCUCCGCCGAUCUCCUCCACACAAAAGCCAUUUUACUCGGUCUGCAAGCUAAAACGCACUCGUUGCUGCACCCUCCGCCACCGGAAUUCGUGGAAGCGCUGAAAGAGUUUAGGAAGGGACUGGGAGGCGGGAAGAGGGCGCUUUGGGAUCGCGAGGCGUUGGCGAGACGGGAACUGGAGUUGUAUGGGAAGACGGGGGAGAAGGGGAUGAGGGAUUUGGCGAGGAGGAAGGAGGGGUUGGGGAAGGAGAUGGAGAGAGUUGAGGCGGAGAUUGGGAAGUUGGAACGAGAGGGGUGA